AUGGCAGACAACUCUAAAUCACAAUCAGACGGAAUUAUUACUAUCAUUGUUCUUGGGGCCUCUGGCGACCUUGCCAAGAAGAAGACGUAUCCAGCCCUUUUUGGCCUGUAUCGCAUGGGCUAUUUACCAGAGCGAACGCAUAUAGUGGGGUAUGCUCGUUCCAAACUUGAAUUGGGUGAUUUCCGUGGCCGGAUAUCUUCAUACAUGAAAACUCCUACCGAAGAUGCCAAGGAAAAACUCGGAGAAUUCAAGCAAUUAUGCACAUACGUCUCGGGGCCAUAUGACAAAGUUGAAGGUUAUCAACGAUUAGAUGCUGCAAUUUCGGAGGUGGAGCGUAAUGUCAAAGGAAGUAAAAAUCGCGUGUUCUAUAUGGCGUUGCCCCCUAGUGUGUUUGUGCCCGUUGCUAGAGGCGUGGAACGUAACGCCUACUCUAAGUCUGGAUUCAAUCGCCUAAUUGUUGAGAAACCGUUCGGACGUGAUUUGGAGAGCUCACGUCAAUUACACCUUGCAUUAGCGCCAUUGUGGAAGGAAGAUGAGAUUUAUCGUAUCGAUCACUAUCUUGGGAAAGAAAUGGUCAAGAAUUUGUUGACUAUUCGAUUUGCUAAUGUCUUCUUUGGGGCUGUCUGGAACCGUCAAUGUAUCUCCAAUGUACAAAUCACUUUCAAAGAAAAGAUUGGAACUGAGGGCCGCGGUGGAUAUUUCGACGAAUUUGGCAUUAUUCGUGACGUAAUGCAAAAUCACAUACUUCAGAUACUGAGUAUUGUUGCCAUGCAACGUCCUGUAUCACUCGAUGCGGAGGAUGUUCGCGACGAGAAGGUACGCGUCCUUCGUUCCAUUCCUCCCGUCAAGGUUGAGGAGACGUUGCUAGGUCAAUAUACCAGAUCGGAAGAUAAUAGCAAGCCGGGGUAUUUGGAAGACAGUACUGUUCCACCAGGCAGCAAUUGCCCGACAUUUGCCGCUGCUGUUCUCUGGAUUAAUAAUGAACGAUGGGAGGGUGUUCCAUUUAUUCUUAAAUGCGGAAAAGCGUUAAAUGAACAAAAGACCGAAAUUCGUAUUCAGUUCCAAGAUGUUCCCGGAAACGUUUUCCGUGGUGCCCCUCGCAACGAACUUGUCAUCAGAGUUCAGCCUAACGAGGCUAUGUACAUGAAAUUCGUAAAUAAACAACCCGGUCUCUCCAUGGAUACGGUCAUAUCUGAACUAGACCUUACAUACAAGCGCCGUUUCUCUGAUCUGAAGAUUCCUGAUGCAUACGAGGCUCUAAUCCUCGAUGUCCUCAAGGGGGACCAUUCCAACUUUGUACGUAAUGACGAAUUAGACGCUGCUUGGAAGAUCUUUACUCCUUUGCUACACGCUAUCGAGAACGAGAACCUGGCUCCCGUCUCAUAUCCAUACGGAUCUCGCGGUCCUGCUGGAGUUCAUGAAUUUGUGGCUAAAUAUGGAUAUAAACGCACAGAGGAUUAUGUCUGGUCUGAAA